UUUAUAUAUAAAACACUUAAACCUGCUUUAUAAUAUAACAGACAUAAAAAUGUCACUUUUUACAAUCUGGGACCUUUAAACCAGAAUAUGUGAACUAUAAAUACAUCAUUUAUGGAUGAAUUGGGGGGGGUGGGGGGGGUGGGGUAAAAGUCCAGCUGACUCCAGCUCUCUCCUUCUUUUUCCUUCCUGGUAUCCAUGGCAACAGUGUCAUUAAAACAUGUUAAUAAUUAAUGUGGACUUUUGAGUCGUGUGUUUUACAUGAAGUUUUCUCUCAAAGCAAACACACACACACACACACACACACACUCACACACACACACAGUGUAAUAACAGUGUGUGUGGGGGGGGGGUAAAGCGAGGUAGAGUUGGACAGACUUUGUCUUCAGGAAGUCGCCGUCCAGCCGCCACGCCGCCGCCGGCUGCAGCUUCCUGCCGUCGUUGAGGAGAACGGAGAGUUUGUGUCUCAGCAGGACGCUGACGGUUCCUCUCAGACCUCAGAUCUACAGCCGGGAUCCAGCUGUUGAGGCCCCGCCUCCUCUGAUCACUGAUUAUUGAUUGAUGUAGCUGCGGGUAUUGAUUCUGAACUCAGCUCCUCCCACUGCAGACCUUCAUCAUGAAGUCUUCAUCACCACCUUCAUCAUCAUCAUCAUCAUCAGUAUCUUCUACCUCAGACAUUCAGCUCCUCUCCUCUUCGUCUCCUCCUCCUCGUCCUCCUCGUCCUCCUCGUCUCUCUCUGAGGAGUCCAGAACUUCAAGCAGAGUUCCUACAAGAGUGUUGGAACAAAUUUCCGUCUGACCGUGACGUCGCUGAAUCCAGCGCUGUCGCCUCGGCAACCUCCCCCCCCUCUCCUCUGCCCUCCCCCUCUUCCUCCUCCUCCUCCUCAUCAUCCUCGUCUCCGUCCUGCUACGACAGCAGACGAGCUCGUCUGUCUCUGUCUCUGUCCAGCCCGGAGCUGCUGUCAGAGCUGAGACAGUCGAGGACACGCAGCCUCCGACGUGUCCCCGCACAGAACGGACUGACCACUGUCUUCUGUGGACGAGGAAGACGAGGAAGAGGAGGAGAGGCCCCUGACUCCGCCUCCUCCACACCAUCAGCCAAUCAGAAGGCUUCACACUGACCGUCUCAGUGGCACCGUCGGUUCAUUACAACACGGCUGAUCAGAACCACUGAUGUGACGUUUCCUGUUUUUAUUCUGAGAGGAACAAUAAAUAUUAAUAAACGUCACGUCAGAAUCAAUAUUUUGUUUUAUUGUAACGACGUAAUAAUCUGCAGUUUGAACAUUAAAAGAACUUGAUUAAAAUAUUAAUAUAUAACCUUAAA